AUGAAUCAAAACACUCCAGCAGGCUCGGCCAUUGUGACCGGGGCCGGGUCCGGCAUCAAUCUCGCUUUCGCAACUUUGCUCCUUCAGAAUGGCUACAACGUCCUCAUUGCCGAUUUAAAGCUAAGCCAAAGCGCAGAGACCCUCGUUGGGAGAUAUGGGACAAGGUCAAGUCCUCGAGCGGUGUUCGUUCAGACCGAUGUCUGCGACUGGGCGCAACUUCGCAGUAUGUUUAUUGUGGCUGAGAAAGAGUUCGGAUCGGUAGAGAUUGUCUGUCCUGGUGCGGGAGUCUUUGAGCCAGCGCAUAGCAGUUUCUGGGCCCCUCCCGGCAGCAAGGGAUGCAUUGAUUCCCCAAUGAAAAAUGGAUACGUCAGCCUGGACAUCAAUCUGAUCCAUCCCAUCUACACCACCCAAUUGGCGAUUGCGUACUUCAUGAAGCACAAGAAUGCGUGUCCUACCCACCGAAAAAAGCACAUCAUCCAUGUGUCCAGUAUUGCCGGCGAGAUGGCUCUCCUUGCAUUGCCCCUUUAUGCGAUUGCGAAGCGUGGGGUGAUUGCGUUGACGCAAUCCCUCGCUCCAUUGGAGGCUUUGGGGAUCAGAGUAACUGGCAUCGCCCCCGGAAUUGUCAAGACACCGAUCUGGUCACAAGACAAAUUGGCCUUGGUGGAUGAAUCGAUUGAUAAAUGGGUGGAGGUCGAUCGUGUGGCAGACGUGAUGUUUGACUUGGUGAGCAAGGAUCAGAUACAGGUAUCGGACACGGAAUCAAUCGUAGUCAAGGGUGGGACAGUCCUUGAGCUAUCACAGUCGCUGCGAGAGGUUCUCAUGUACAACGACCCUGGACCGUUGAGUAGGCCGGGGAAUACCGUCGCUUACCUAGGGGUUGCGGAUGAGCAAAUUCUGCAGUUGGUCGGUUCGGAGGGGUGGGAGACUUGGAUAGAUCUCUUGACUGGCGCGCGAUGA